UGUACACGCUCAGAAACCUACACCCCAGUGUUGCGCGCUUAAGGAUGAGCUAUUCCAUGAUGGCCCAAAUACCACAACUACAAUCAUUAGGUCACCGUCCCCUCACACAGCAGCUGAUGAGUUGUUUUCACACAGGUAAGUGUCCCUGUUGGAAAUUAAUUGAAAGUGUGAGCAGAGGAGUGCUCUGCUUUGGAGCUGUAUUAUGAGUUGCAAAAUGUGCUCUGCUGGAGACUAGAGAGCUUUACAUAUUCCUGCCUUCUUCAUAUUGAAAAGUCUUCCAUGAAAUCAGACAAAAAGUGAAGUGAGAUGUGAGAGGCUCUAAGAGCACAGCAAGACAAAAUCAGGUGAGAUGGUGUACUGUCUGGCCUUUGCUAUUUGUGCAGACAGAUGUGCUCACUGAUAGUGCAUGAUUAGAUUACUUGAUGAUUCUACUGAACCAUGUGAGCUGAGUGAGCGUUUUCCUUGAUGUGUCACUUUAUCUCUCCUCCCACUUGGUGCGAGCACUGCUGCGAUCUGACGGUCCAGUGUCAGCCUGUGUGCCUGCCUGGGAGCUCCUUUUUCAGGAUGCUGUGAAGCAGCUUCCCUCUACAGUUUGUUCACUACUUAUGUUCCUUCCAUGUAAAGAAUGAUUACAAAACUAUAUGAAAAGUAAGGACAUCAGCUGCAUAUUAUGCAUCAACCUGACACAAGCAUUCUCCAGAAGGAAGCAAGCACAGCCAGCGAAAUGAGCUAUUUGGGAUGUUUGAUCUGACCUCCUUGUAAUAUUUCAAGUGAGACUCUUUUUCCAAGCAGUAAUGAAUACACUCAGAUAUUGCUUCUUUGCCAUCUUGAUUCUCAGUGUUUCCCUUCUAUUUGUUUUCUAUGCCAUUAAUUUCCAUGUGCAAAAAUCUCUAAGGAGGCUCAACUUCCCAGUGAGCUCAACUUUAGCAGAAGCCUGUAAAGCACUUAUUGAAGAUAAGGCGCCCUUUAUGAAGGAAACUGCUUUAAAAACAUCCUUCAGAAAAUCCAACUGCACAGAGUACAUAAUGCAGAACCGCUAUAUCACCUGCACCCUGUCAUCCGAGGAGGCCGCCUUCCCCCUUGCCUACAUCAUCACCCUGCACAAGGAGUUUGAGACCUUUGAGCGGCUCUUCAGGGCAGUCUACAUGCCCCAAAAUGUUUACUGCAUCCACGUGGAUGGUAAGGCGCCGGCCACCUUGCAGCAGGCAGUGCGGCAGCUGGUGGGCUGCUUCCCCAAUGCCUUCCUUGCCUCCCACACCGAGCGGGUGGUCUAUGGCGGUGCAUCCCGCCUGCGGGCCGACCUGCACUGCAUGCGGGACCUGCUGGCCUCUGCCGUGCCAUGGCGGUACCUGCUGAAUGUCUGCGGGCAGGACUUCCCACUAAAGACCAACCGGGAGAUUGUCUGGCAUCUGAAGGGCUUCAGGGGGAAGAAUGUCACCCCUGGGGUGCUGCCGCCACCCCACGUCAUCAUUCGCACCAAGUAUGUGCACCGGGAGCAACUAUACCCUUUCUUUUCUUUCAUGCUGCGGACGUUUGUGCACAAGGCUCCCCCACCACACAACCUGACCAUCUACUUCGGCUCUGCAUACAUUGCGGUCACCCGGCCCUUCGUGGAGUUUGUGCUGCGGGACCGGCGUGCCAUCGACUUGCUGGCAUGGUCCCAGGACACCUACAGCCCUGACGAGCACUUCUGGGUGACGCUCAACAGGAUCCCAGGUGUCCCAGGUUCUAUGCCCAACGCAUCAUGGGAAGGAGACCUGAAAGCGGUGAAGUGGAUUGAUAUGGAAGAGAGCCAUGGAGGUUGUCAUGGCCAUUAUGUCAGAGGCAUUUGUGUGUAUGGAACAGGUGACCUCAAAUGGCUUUUUAACUCCACCUGUAUGUUUGCAAAUAAGUUUGAGCUCAGAACAUACCCACUGACUGUGGAGUGCUUGGAGCUGAGACAUCGAAAGAGAACCUUGUCGCAGAGUGAGGUUAAGGUGGAACCAAACUGGUAUUUCUAGCUACAAAAAUAAAAAUAAAAAUCAGGCUACCUCAAUGAAAGUAAUUAGGAGAAUAGCAGCAAAAACAUAAUUUCUGCUGUGCUGGUAACACAAAUUGAUCCACCAGGUUUCUUUAGGAUGCAUGGUAGAUACAGCUCAGUUCAGCUUGUCUUGCUCAGUCUGCAAAGCUUUGACUUUAACACCCUGAAGCCAAAGCAUGAGAGAUACAAAAGGAAGCACUAAGGCACAGCUCCUCUUGCAGCUGCCCUGUCUGCAUUUUUGCCACUUUUUGCCAUUUUUGCCAUUUUUAAUGGGCCUCUUUCCAGCCAUAACUUUUGUCUUGCUGCAGUGACAUUGUUACCUGUUUCUAUAAAAUGUAUAGAGAAUCAUACAUCCUUGGGAUUUCUCGUACCUUAGUAAAAAACAGGAGUACAAUUGGUGGCCAUACAUUUAGAUGCUGUUUUGCCAAAGACAAAAUCUAAUGCAUAGAAGCAUCAGGCAAGUACUGGAAAUGGAACAUAGAUGCUACACUGCCCAGAUCUUACCUGUUCUUUAAAUAUCUAUUGGGACAAAGUUUGUGAAAGAAAACAGCAUCUUUUGCUAGAUUCAUCAAUAUGGCUAGAAAAAUCUGAUAGGCUUUCAUGUGCAGAAGCCCUUCUUCAUAUCUGAAAAACAAGGGCUUACAUUAUUUGUUUUACAAGGCCAACCAAUAGAGCUGGAAAAACUAAACUAAACUAAACUAAACUA